UCGCCUUGAAUCUCCUACCAUGGGGGAUGCAGGCGGCGGCCGCAGCUCCGCGAACACUAGGGAGUUACAGAAGCUGAGGCAGCAGGCGAUGAAGUACUACCAGGAGAACGAAGUCCCGCGCAGGCUGGAAGAGCUGCUCAACUCCACCUUCUACCUCCAGCCUGCCGACGUCUACGGGCACCUGGCAAACUGCAUGUCUAAAUUGUCAACACCUCCCACCAUCUGCAGAGUAGUAGGGAAGAAUGUUCUGGACGGACUGGGACUUCCAACCCUACAAGUGGAAAUAUUCUGCACCAUCCAGAAUUUCCCCAAGAACAUGUGUUCCGUGGUGAUGUCCACACACUUCCAAGUGCAUGAGAAUGCACCACCUGAGCUGCUGGAGGUGGAGGAGAUGGAAAGGUCAGAGGAGGUGAGCACAGCCCUGCGGUGGGUCAAUGAAGAACUUGCAGAGCAGCUGCAGGGCCAGACCCCCAGCAACCAGACCCAGGUGGAUCAGCUGCUCAGGAACUUUUUUGAAGAAAAAGUACAUGAUGAGAAGGAGAGAAAACUAGAAAAGAAGAUAUCAGCAGUCCCCAUUCCUUCAGCACCACCCCCCUCUCCUCCACCAGCAGCCAAAAAGAAAGGACAGAAGGCAGGGAAAAAGGAAAUACCAGUGGAGAAACCUGUGACCCCUGCAGAGCCAGCAGAGCCUGUGCUGUGUGGAAGCAUGGCCAUUGGGGCCCUGUCCCUGGCUGUUGCCAGGACCAGUGCUGCCUUGCGCAGUGAACCUCUGUACUUGAACAUUGCAUCACUCAAGCACAAGGAACUACCAAGCAAGUUCACGGUGCCUUUGCUGAUGGUCUCUCUGCUCAGCUGUGGGAAGUCCUCACCUGGGAAGUUGAAUUUAAUGAAAGAAGUGAUUUGUAUACCCUACCCCGGAUCAUUGGCUAAACAGGGUGUGGCCAUGCUUCUGGAAAUUCAGAAACACAUUUACAGAACGGAAGUGCUAACUACUCCAAAAACAGAGCCCAAAAAAGGGCAUAAUGGAGGAAAACGUGGUCAGGUUCACGUCUCUGGUAAGAUGUCCCAUCUGGGCUGUUUAACCAUCAGCUAUGACACACUAGAGCAGCCUCUGCAACUAAUACAGGGAAUCUGCACAAAUAUGGGUUUAGAGCUGGGAACAAAUCUGCAUCUGGCCAUUAACUGUGCUGCUCACGAACUGAUGGACUAUAGUAAAGGAAAGUAUGAAGUGAUGACAGGAAUGUACAAAAGCACAGCUGAGAUGAUGGACCUCUAUGUGGACCUGAUCAACAAGUUUCCUUCGAUUAUUGCCUUGAUUGAUCCUUUCAGGAAGGAGGACUCAGAACAGUGGGAAAGCAUCUACCAAACUCUUGGUUCCAGGUGCUACAUCAUUGCAGGAGCUGCAUCAAAAAGCAUUUCUAAACUUUUAGAAGAUGGAAACAUCAGCAACCCCAAGUCCAGUGGGUUGAUCAUCAGGCACACAAAUCAGACAACAAUGUCAGAUUUGGUAACCAUCACUAAUCUUACUGAGAGUAAAAAGCACAUCACCAUCUUCGGAAGCACAGAUGGAGAAACCUCUGAUGACAGCCUUGUGGACCUAGCCACUGGUCUGGGUGUCCAGUUUGUCAAGUUGGGAGGUCUUUCUCGUGGAGAACGGGUGACUAAGUACAACCGCCUUCUUACUAUUGAGGAAGAGCUUGUCCAGAAUGGAACACUGGGUUUACAAGAAGAACACACAUUUCCUAUCUUGCAAGAGGAAGCAGAGCAGGAUGCUGACAUGCCCGAGGAUGCUGUCACUCUAGCUGAGGAGUCUAGUGAGGUCCCAGAACCCAUCUUUCCCACAGAAGUCCAGGAGCCAGCAGCUUAA